CUGCCCCGGGAGGAGCCCAGCCCAGAGAGGCAGCCCCAGAGAGGUUAUUCCGAGAUGAAAGCUCUCCCUGUGCUCCUGCUGGGAGCUCUCCUGUGCGUGGACCCAGGUUCAUCUUUGCAGUGCUACAACUGCUCCUCCCAGCUCAGCAACUCCAACUGCAUGACGAAGGAGGAGUGUGGCGAGAAGGACAUGUGCAGGACAGAAGUGAUCCGGGUCGUGGGGCUCUUCAGCAUCAUCACCAAGGGAUGUGACUCCUCGUGUAAAGAAGACUACCAGGACUUCAAGGUGGGCAACAGGAACAUCUCCUGCUGCAGCAGUGACCUCUGCAACGUCAACGCCGCGGGCGCGGUGAGGUCCAGCUACGGGCUGGCCGGAGGGGUGGCGGCCGGCGUGCUCUGGACCCUCCUCAGCAAGUUUUGAGGAGCCAAGAUGCCUCCCAUGACCACAGAAAGCCUUGGAGCACCCCUCUAGUAAGAGGAGUGGUAACCAGGAGCAGUGGGGUGUGUUGGGCACUGAUGGCAGCUCUUUGCCAUAUGAUGGCUUCUGCUUUAGUCUUAUUGCAAAGCUCGAGUGCUACCAGAUGAGGAAAUGUGUGCUCAUGUUAACUGCAAAACGCCUAAAAUAAAGUUAUUUCUCCACCAAC